UUCAUUAAUUCCAUUUACACUUUUUGGAAAAUAAAUUAGGAAAUCCUUAAAUAACGCAAUAAUAUUUGAGGGUUAUUCAAUGAACUGGAAUGAACACUGUUAUCGUAGAAACUGAUAAGAUUCUGUCUAAAUGGAAAGACACAUAUGACACUAAUAUUAAACGAACAAAGUGACUUUUUCAGAGUUUCUUAAUUUAAAGAGGUUAAGGAUUAAAAAGUACGUUAUAAGCAACCGAUAGUGUAACCUAUUUCCGAUUACACGCCUGACCUUUUGUUCCAUAAAUUGGAGACGUUAUAAAACAUUCCACUAUUUUGAAACCAGGAAUCUAACUUUUUGAUGGCUUUUUCACAAUCGAAUUCAAGAGAAUUACAAAACAGAAAAAUCUUAGAAGAAUUGCAACUGAAGAAGCAAAUGUUAUUAAAACAAGGUGUGGCACCGACAUUGAACACUUCAUUAGCUGUUACAUCAACAGGUUCCCCUUCUAAUUUGCCUUCUGCACAACCUACCGAUGGUGUUACAAUGAGUGCAUCGCAAAGAGCUGCCUUGCAUAAUGCGCAUGCAGCCUCAUCAGGAUACUUUGUGACACAAGACUCUUCUUUUGGCAAUUUAAUUUUACCUGUUCUACCCAGGUUUGAUGCUAAAUGAAAAAGUUAAUUAACAUAUAUUGAAAUUGUAAAUAAUAAAUGGUGUCAAAGACUGUACAUAUAAAUAAGUGUGACUAAAGCAACUUUAAGAGUUAAAUAGUUUUUGGAGUAUAUCUCCUAUAAAACUAAAGGACGAUACAGAGUGCAAAUAACAAAAUAUA